AGCUGAGCCGGAGCCGGGAGGUUUUCGACUGAGGGCGAGCGAGGGGAGCAAGUCUGGAAUAGGGCUGAAGCAGGUCCGCGGACCCCGCACGCUCCUGCGGGCCCCGCGGAGCGAUUGCGGCCGAGACCUCGGCUGGCGCCAGUGGAGAGCUAGCCGCAUCUUCUGGGGCAGCCCGGCAGCGGCCGGCGGCGCGGCGAGAGAGCGGCCGACAGAGGGGAUGCGAGAUCCUCCAGAAGCCUGACCUGAGUGGGUUAGUGAUCCAGAGAAACCAGCAGACCAACUUGGUCAGGAAGGUUCUCGAAGCCGUUGGAGCAGUGUGGAGAAUUUCCCACCAGGAUGAGUAUGAUUGGCUGUGAUUUUAGAUCGUAAAGCUGAAAAUUGAAAUCAUGAAAGUAGACAGGACUAAACUGAAGAAGACACCUACUGAGGCUCCUGCAGACUGCAGAGCCUUAAUAGACAAACUCAAAGUUUGUAAUGAUGAGCAACUUCUCUUGGAACUGCAGCAGAUCAAAACAUGGAACAUUGGAAAGUGCGAGUUAUAUCACUGGGUGGACCUGUUGGACCGCUUCGAUGGAAUACUGGCAGAUGCUGGACAGACAGUGGAGAAUAUGUCAUGGAUGCUCGUAUGCGAUAGGCCAGAAAGAGAGCAACUGAAAAUGCUUCUCUUGGCUGUGUUGAACUUCACAGCCUUGCUCAUUGAGUACAGCUUUUCCCGGCAUCUGUACAGUUCCAUAGAGCAUUUGACAACUUUAUUGGCUUCCUCUGAUAUGCAAGUGGUGCUGGCAGUCCUUAAUCUCCUAUAUGUAUUUAGUAAAAGAUCAAACUACAUCACUCGCCUGGGAUCUGACAAGAGGACCCCGCUGCUAACUCGGCUACAACAUUUGGCAGAGAGCUGGGGUGGAAAGGAGAAUGGCUUUGGACUUGCAGAAUGUUGCAGAGACUUGCACAUGAUGAAGUAUCCACCCAGUGCAACUACACUACACUUUGAAUUCUAUGCAGAUCCUGGGGCUGAGGUCAAAAUCGAGAAAAGGACAACUAGUAACACACUACAUUAUAUUCACAUAGAGCAACUUGACAAGAUUUCAGAAAGCCCUUCUGAAAUCAUGGAAUCUCUUACCAAAAUGUACAGCAUUCCUAAGGAUAAGCAGAUGCUGUUAUUUACACACAUACGGCUGGCCCAUGGCUUUUCUAAUCACAGGAAGCGAUUACAAGCUGUUCAGGCCAGACUGCAUGCAAUAUCUAUAUUAGUGUAUUCCAAUGCCUUGCAGGAAUCAGCAAACAGUAUCUUGUAUAAUGGCUUGAUAGAGGAGUUGGUAGAUGUCCUUCAGAUAACGGAUAAGCAGCUUAUGGAGAUUAAAGCAGCCUCUUUACGAACAUUAACAUCAAUUGUCCACUUGGAGAGAACUCCCAAACUCAGCAGUAUUAUUGACUGUACUGGAACUGCCUCCUACCACGGAUUUUUGCCAGUGCUUGUAAGGAACUGUAUCCAGGCCAUGAUUGAUCCUUCCAUGGAUCCCUACCCUCACCAGUUUGCCAGUCAUAAAGUUUCUUGGCGAUGA